AUGGUCUGGAAACUCAUCAGUGUGCUUCUAUUCGUAGCCGCUAUUGCAAAUGGCGCUUUCUUAUCGGAGAGUGAUUUCGCCCCUGAAGAUACGAUCGUCCGCGAUGUCUGCAUCAUUGGAGGAGGCUCGACGGGAACCUACGCUGCCAUUCGGUUGAAAGAGCAAGGGAAAUCGGUCGCCGUGGUAGAACAACAGCAUCUUCUAGGCGGCCACACUGAGACCUUCUAUCUUGACAGUGGAGAAUAUUUCGAUUACGGGGUCGAAGGUCUGAUCAGCAACGAGCUAUCUCGGAACUAUUUCCGACGACUGGGCGUGGAAUGGCGACUGCUUUUACCAGACACCUUGAUCAUGGAGAACGUCAAUUUCGAAACCGGAAAGCGAGUCCCUCCUCCAGGUGGUGUUCUGGCAACGAUCGCGGCGGCAAUUCUGUACCGGGGCGUGAUUGAGAAAUAUGACUAUCUUCGAAACGGCACGAUCAGUCUGCCAGACCCCGUUCCUGAAGAGCUCCUGCGUCCGUUCCGGGAGUUCGUGUCGGAGCAUAGAAUCGAAGGAGCCCUGAGCUUGAUAUUCACUUUCUGUCAGAACCUAGGCAAUCUCAUGGACGUCCCAACUAUUUAUAUCAUCCAAGCCUUUGGCAUACAGCAAGUCGAUGCCAUCCUCAGCGGGUUUCUAGUGCCGACAAAAGGAGGAUACGAGCUCUACCGCAAGGCAGCAGAAGUUCUCGGAGCCGAUGUACUGUACAAUAGCAGCGUUGUUCAAACCGAAAGGUCCAGGAGCAGCGUGAAAGUCGUCGUGCAGGAUUCAACUGGUCAGUCGACGCUGAUUCACGCACAAAAGCUGCUCAUCACAAUUCCUCCCACCUUGGAGAAUCUAAAGGGCUUCGACCUCGACGAAACAGAAACUGGGAUAUUCCAGAAACUCGUCUAUAACAACUACUACGUCGCUGUGCUAAACCACACAGGGAUCCCCGACAAAAUCAACGUCGUCAACACCAACCCUGACAAUGGACCCGGCAGCUUACCGCACAUGCCGUAUGCAUGGCGGCUCCGAUACCCUGGAGUAUCCGGGUACGUGACCAGCGAGAUAAUCGGCGAUGUGAGCUUUACUGCAAACGAUGCGACCGAGCUCAUCUUGUCAGGUCUCAGUCGGAUGAGAGAUGCGGGCACCUACAAUGUGACGACGCCUGAGCUGUUGCUGCUUGCAAGCCAUUCUCCCGCCACGCCAAUGGUGUCGCCUCAGGAUAUCCAGGAUGGGUUCUAUCGUCGAAUGUAUGGGUUGCAGGGGAGACAGAAUACGUUCUAUACUGGUCGGAGCUUUGCCUCUGAUCAUUCGCCCAUUUUGUGGGCUUAUACCGAUGCUGUUAUUCAAUGGAUGUCACUGGCUUGA